AAACUGCAGAGACUGGACAGUUUAGUAAACGUCGAGAAUUUAAUAAUUUCGCGGUAUUCUCGUUUAAAUUUUGUAUUUAUUCUAGUUUCUAUAACGUUUUAUAUUCAAAGUUUCGACGAUAUUUUUUACGAAGAUCCAAUUCGCAAUUCUAGUAAUGCAUUCAACAGCAUUAAGAAGGAAAAGACCCAGAAUGGAAACGAGUGAAGAUGAUGUUAUUAUUAUUGACGAGAGUGAUUCAACAUCCUCUGAACAAACUCCUGAAAAACCACGAAGUGAAAGAAAAAUUUUGAACGUUCAGAUUCCUAGCGAAAAACCAAGCUCAUCAUCCGACGAACCUAGCGUAAUUUUCAUAGGCGAUGAAUCGGCCGGCGGAAAAUCUGAAAAAGAAGAGAUCGAAGAAGAUGCAGGUUUAGAUUCCGAACAAGAUGAUCCCACUGGUUUAGAAGGAGCUGCGUUUCAAAGCCGGCUGCCAUACGAUAAAUUAACUGCUACUGAAGCUCAGUGUUUUCCUGAUAUUAGUAAUGCUGCUCCUCAAACUCAGAAAUUAUUCCUUCAUGUCAGAAAUCGAUUGCUUCAGUUAUGGCUAGAUAACCCUAAAAUACAACUCGUCGUGGAGAAAGCAAUUCAGUUGAUUGAACCGCCGUAUAAUAGUGAUGUAGGCUUAGUGCACAGAGUUCACGCUUUCUUGGAACGUCAUGGUUAUAUUAAUUUUGGUAUAUUCAAAAAAACAAAGCGUUUAAUGGAGAAAAAAGCCGGAAAAGUGAUCGUAAUCGGAGCAGGAAUUGCUGGUUUAGCAGCUGCUCAACAGAUGCAGUAUUUUGGAAUGGAAGUUGUAGUAUUGGAAGCCCGAGAUCGUGUCGGAGGAAGAAUAGCUACUUUCAGAAAAGGUCCUUAUAUCGCAGAUUUAGGUGCUAUGGUGUUGACCGGACUCGGUGGCAACCCAAUCAACAUUUUAGCCAAGCAAAUAAACACUAAACUUUACAAAGUCCGUCCAAAAUGUCCUUUAUAUGAAACCAGUGCUGGAUUUGGUGUCGCCCAGCAGGUAGCUAAAGAUAAAGAUGAAAUGGUAGAAAAAGAAUUUAAUCGUUUAUUAGAAGCUACUAGUUAUCUAUCCCAUCAUCUUGACUUGAAUUAUUGUAAUGGAGAGCCUGUUUCACUUGGUCAAGCUUUGGAAUGGGUUAUUAACUUACAAGAAAAGCAUGUCAAAGAAAAACAAGUGCAACAUUGGAAAAAUGUUAUAAGUUUGCAAGAAAAAUUGAAAACCAAUCAAGGCGAAAUGGUGGAAGUUCUGAAUAAGUUGGAAAAUUUGCGUAAAAUAUACGUCAAGCUCACUGAUAUGAAAAAAAGAGAUGUCACUCAAGAAUUUUCUCUACGGUGUCAAAUCAGAAAAAUGCAAGCCCAUAUCAAGAAUUGGGAACAGCUGAAAAAAGAAGAAGAAGAGAUCGAAACGAAACUCAACGAUUUAGAAGCUUCUCCCCCUAGUGACGUGUACCUGUCAUCGAGAGAUCGGCAAGUGUUAGAUUGGCAUUUUGCAAAUUUGGAAUUUGCUAAUGCUACUCCAUUGAAUAAUUUAUCAUUGAAACAUUGGGAUCAAGACGACGACUUCGAAUUCACCGGAAGCCACUUUACAGUUCGAAGUGGAUAUUCAGUCAUACCGAUGGCAUUAGCUUCCGAUUUAGAUGUCAAGUUGAAUACAGCAGUUCGACAAAUUAGAUAUGGUCCUAAAGGUGUUGAGGUGUUGACGGUUCCUACAAACAGCAGAUCUCCUAAUAGUGGACCUGUCACCUACAAAGCCGAUGUUGUACUUUGUACUUUACCACUGGGCGUAUUAAAAGAGUCCGUAUCGACGAGUUCUCACGCUUCCAGUAAUGUCGUUCAAUUUGUGCCCCCUUUGCCGGAUUGGAAAGUUGCCGCUAUACAACGUCUCGGAUUUGGUAAUCUCAACAAAGUUGUACUUUGUUUCGAUCGCGUGUUUUGGGACCCGAACGCCAACUUGUUCGGUCAUGUUGCUAAUACAACGCAAAGCAGAGGUGAACUGUUCCUGUUUUGGAAUUUAUAUCGUGGUCCGGUUUUGGUAGCUUUGGUGGCAGGUGACGCUGCCAGCGUCAUGGAGACUGUCAGUGAUGAUGUAAUCGUUGGAAGAUGUAUUGCAGUCUUGAAAGAAAUAUUUGGCAAUAACGCCGUCUCCAUUCCUAAAGAAACGGUGGUUACCCGAUGGAGAGCAGAUCCAUGGGCCAGAGGAUCAUAUUCGUUCGUCGCAGUCGGUGCAUCUGGAAGUGAUUACGACGUGCAUGCAACUCCUGUUGCACCGCCUAAAAAUCCAACUGUCAAAACAGGUCUCGAAGAUCCUGAUAAUGAUCCUGUAUUGGCCAAAAUACCCAGAGUAUUUUUCGGAGGCGAACACACCAUUCGUAAUUAUCCUGCAACAGCUCACGGAGCUUUCCUCAGCGGCUUACGUGAAGGAGGUAGAAUUGCCGACCAAUUCCUAGGGUGUCCUUAUGGACCUCCAACUACGGAUAAUCAGGAGUGAUUUUUUUCCUAAACUGUAUCUAACGAUACUUGCUUUAUCAACGUAGCUAAAAAUUAGGAAUUAAUAAGUAUUUUCAAGUGAUUUUAACGUAGUAUAUAAUUUUUUAAGAGAAGCUAAGUGGAUUUUAAAAAAUAUCUUUUUCAUUAAGCGACAUUUUCGUUGUCCUAAGCUAUGUUUAAUUUAGUGAAUUUUUCUAUUGUGUUUGAUACUUAUAUUUAUAAUACUUAUCUGGUAAUGAUUCGAGUAAAAUUUUUACUACCGAA